AUGAUGGUAGCACCAGCCCUUUUCCAUACUCGAGACUACCGAGGAGCCACGGUCGAGGACCUAGACAUCAAGCCAGCCAUCUCCGUCAAUCCAAUCACCGACCUUAGUGUCGCUUUGGAAAUCGCAUACGAAAAUGAAUUCACCUAUUUGCCAGUCAUACAUGAAUCCAACAAAAAACUACUUGGAGUGUUGAAUGUGGGAGAACUCAGACGUCACCCCCAAAAGGUCACCAACAGUUUUUUGAAGCCGGUAGUGAAAAACUAUAUGAUAUGGUUCCACCAAAAAGCCAGAGAAAAAUACGACUCGGAAGAGCACACGAAUAUAUCUUCUUCAUCUACAACUACCAUUCAAAAACCCACUUCAAAAGGUAAGAAGUUCCAGGUGUUGACUCCAUGGUCACCUCUUGAAGACUUGGCUACUUUUUUCAACAGCGGGAUGUACUUUGCCAUUAUCACUAAUGACCAUAGUAACUUUGUAUACGGUGUUGCAACCCCUGAAGAUUUAACCCGAUACGAAAACUCCAGACCACGGUUGUAA